GAAUUUGAUGGAACAUUAGAUUGUGUUAGUAUUGCCAUAACUUGUGCUUUUAAUCGUCAUGGUACCCUAUUAGCUGUUGGUUGUAAUGAUGGAAGGAUUGUUAUUUGGGAUUUCCUCACACGAGGCAUUGCUAAAGUUAUUAAUGCACAUGUUCAUCCUGUUUGUUCCAUAAGUUGGAGUCGAGAUGGUCACAAACUACUCAGUGCUGCUACUGAUAAUACUGUUUCACUGUGGUCAGUGAUGACUGGUGAUUGUGAUAAAAUAUUCAGAUUCCCUUCUCCUGUUUUGAAAGUUCAGUUUCAUCCUCGAGACAAUGCCAGGUUUUUGGUAUGUCCUAUGAAACAUGCUGCAGUGUUUAUGAAUGUAAAUGGAACUCAUCAAACAGUACCUCUUGAUGAUGAUUCUGAUUUAAAUAUUGUGGCAUCAUUUGAUAGAAGAGGAAAAUAUAUUUAUACUGGUAAUGCUAAAGGAAGGAUAUUAGUAUUCACAAUAAAAAAAUUAGAAAUUGUAGCAUCAUUUAAAGUUACUACUGGUACUCUUAAUACAACAGCUAUUAAAUCAAUAGAAUUUGCUCGGAGAGGAGAUUGUUUUCUGGUGAAUUCUGCAGAUCGUAUUAUCCGAGUAUAUGAAUCUGGUGAAAUUUUAGCUUGUGGUAGAGCAGGAGAACCAGAACCAAUACAGAAAUUACAAGAUUUAGUUAACAAGUAA